AUGGGACGCAUUUUCAUUGAGCAUCUCGGAGGACAAAAAAUUAUUCACUGCCAAAAAUGUGAAACUCCUCUAUCUAAUCGGAGCGAAAUUUUGAGCACGCGAUUCACCGGUGCAACAGGUCGUGCUUUCUUGUUCAACCGUGUUGUGAACAUUGUCUAUAGUGAUAUCCAGGACCGAGUCAUGCUAACUGGGCGUCACUUUGUUCGCGAUGUGGUAUGCAUUAAGUGUGGCACCAAACUCGGCUGGAUGUACGAACAUGCACUGGAAGAGAGCCAGCGAUACAAAGAAGGCAAAGUGAUUCUGGAACGCGCGUUGAUCAUGGAGACCGAAGGUAUAGCGGACCCCCUGGGUGAAAGUUAUUAA